AAUGUUUAUUUGAGUUUGUUUGUUAUUAUGGCUGAAGAAAUACAGAGCUUCGCGUAUAAGUAUUGCCUGUCCUCCAUGGCUGCGACUGUGGCAGAAACAGUGACCUUUCCACUGGACAUAACAAAAACCAGACUUCAAAUCCAAGGAGAGAGAGCAUCAACCAUUCAGUCUACCACAGCUGCUAAUGUGCCUUACCGGGGUAUGGUGAGGACAGCAGUUGGCAUAGUUGAAGAAGAAGGAUUAAGAAAUCUGUGGAGUGGUGUCACCCCAGCGAUUUUAAGACAUAUUGUUUACACAGGCUCAAGAAUGACAGCCUAUGAAUUCUUGCGAAAUAAAGUGUUGAAAAGAAAUCCAGAUGGAAGAUUUCCCUUAUGGAAAUCAGUGAUUGCAGGGAUGAGUGCAGGUGCCUUUGGACAGUUCAUAGCCAGUCCAACUGAUCUUGUUAAAGUUCAAAUGCAGAUGGAAGGAAAACGAGUUAUUUUAGAGGGACGUCGACCAAGGGUACGAAACACUGUACACGCUUUUUCAACCAUUGUUCGUAAACAUGGCGUCCGAGGGCUCUGGAAAGGUUGGGCUCCCAAUGUACAGAGGGCGGCCUUAGUAAAUAUGGGAGAUCUUACCACUUACGACACCGUGAAGCAUCUCUUGCUUCAUCACACAAGUUUGGAGGACAACUGGGUCACUCACACUUUUUCGAGUGGCUGCUCAGGACUGAUCGCUGCAACAAUCAGCACUCCAGCAGAUGUGGUCAAAACAAGAAUAAUGAACAAUCCUAACGUGUAUAGAGGAUCCAUAGACUGUUUCUUGAGUGCGGUAUGUAAGCUCCAUGGUCGUUAA